UUUCUGCGGCGCGAAGAACCGAGUUUGCCUCCGGAUGUGGCGCUUCAAUGUCGCCUUUGCCGAACAAAGAAGGCAGGCUUUUCGCGUGACUCUGCAGGGACCUCUCUGGUUGAGGCGCGCGACACAGAAACUCGCGGAAGACCCAGGGAGGGUUUGGGUGUCGAGACACUUGAACGGCGAGGCGCCCCGGAGCAAUUUUGAGUUCAGCGCCUCGUUUCGAGUGCUUUGCGACAAACAAUGUCUCUCUUUUUCCAGACUUUCUCAGAGGUUCUGUUCCUCUGAAAGCCUGUUGCGCGUUUCAGCGUCGCUCUUGCGGGUUUGCGCGUCACCCGACCGGGGACCCGUCAAGACUGGAAGGUCCGCGGGGGAAAAGGCGCUGGCUGCAGGAGGAAAGCAGCCGCGACGAACGCGAACGCAGGGUAAUGCGAAGGAAAACCACGAGAAGCACUGCUGCCGAGAGACGCGAAGUGGAGAAAAGCCGAAGGUGUCUCUGAAUUCUCUGCAUCACGACCAGGGGAACUUUUAGCUGCGUGUAAAGUGCUACAUCCUCCUGAGAAGAGGCCUUCGCGGCAUUGCAGACGAAAGUAACGCGAGAACACUCGACGCCACAAAGAGGAAACGCGGACACAAAAACAUGCACGGAGGAAGACGCUGAUGAUAGGAAGAGAGCUUUGAGGGAGUCUCGCGACACCUGUGUCAUCCCCAAGAUGGCGACCCGCAGCUGUUUCUUCGGAGACAGGCGCAGCGUGACCUCUUCAUUUUUCUCUAAGCAGUUUCGUCCUUUCGAAGUUGGGCUCUCUUCUUCGUCUUCGGCUGGUGAUGCUGCAGUGACACACGUAAUUCUUCGGUGUCGACCCACCGCUCCACGCCGCUGCUCUGCUGUAGGCGUUCCCGUUAAACUGUCUGAUCUCGGUCGCCUCUCUUCAUCGACUUCUCGCUCGUGCUAUUCUGCUGCUUCGCGCGAAUCUGCCUCUCUUGGACCUCCCGGAGAAGCGCCGCUUCAUGCCGGUUCCAGUCACGCUGAGUCUUCGUCGGUCGCCAGGUGGACACCUUCUUUGUUGGCGGCAUUUUCGGUUAAUGCUCACAGAGCGCUCUCUCCUUUCUCUUCACACACAGCUUCGCUUUUUGCGGUGUCUCGCCGUUUCUCGCGGAGGUUUCACUCUUCUCGAUCGUGUCACACCUCUGCGUCUCUUUCUGUGUCUCCUAUUUCUUCUGUGUUUCGCUCUUCCGAAUCUUUCCCUGCCCUGGGGCGACUGUGUUGGACUCGUGCUUCCUCGUCUAUAAGCCGACACGGUUCGCGGCGGUGGGUCUCAGCCUCUCUCUCUGUCUUCUGCAAGACUGCGCACUCCGGUUCUCUAGGGGAGUCAGGGUGUAUAUACAGCAGGGCACCUGCCUUGCUGCUGUUUCCCAAUGCAUACAAGCUCCUUCCAGGCCAGGCGAAAUCUCGCAGCUUCUCGCUUGCCUGCACAAGCCGCGCGAAUGGGGCGGACAAUGGGAGAGAAGACGGGAGAGCGUCUGGGUCGCUGAGCUACCAGGAGUCGCCGAAACCUCGGAUCCCCACGCUCUGCCUCGGGGUGUCUGUACACCGCGAUGUUAUUGGCUAUGCUCUCAUUCAACCCAAGAACUCUUGGUUGCCCUUGAAGGUAGGCUUCAUCGAUCCAGCUGGAGUCCCACAGAGUUUGCCUGACCAGGCGGCGGAGGUCGCUGGAGUUCUCUUGGCGCUGCGCGACCAGCAGCAUCGUCUCCUUUCGUGUGAGGGCGAGCCUGAAGAGACUGCUGCGCGUCAUCGUUCUCAUCAGCCUCCGAGCUGGCGAGAGAGAGACGAGAUGGCAGGAGCUGCUGAGGAAGGAAGGCCGAUCGCAAGCAAGGGGACAAAUCCACAGAAGCGAUGCUUCUGGAUCGUCGGGAUCGAGGAGGCCUUGCGGGUCCCCCAGAGCUUCCGAGAAGCGACACGGGCGGCCGCCUUGCAGCAGUUGAAGGGGGCGAUUUCUGCGGAUCUUUUGAAGAUUUUCUCUGUCUCCACUGUCGUGCCAGUCGAGCCGAAACAAGCGCGAGCCGCUCUCGCCCGCGUUGCUGGCAUUCCUCUUGGUUCAAGACAGGAGACGCUCUCCUGGUUGUCAGAGCAGGUUCCCUCGUUUCCCAGCCGCCUUCGCCGCGAAGAAGCCGCCCUGACGAUGGCCGACGCGUGGCUCGUCGCCGUGCAUGCACAGCGAACUGUAGAGGCGAUGCGCCUCCGAGAACGACUCCGGAGUGUCCUUACAGCUGAGUCUGGCAAGCAGUUCCUCAAAGACUGCGGAGCGGCGCAGGUCAAGGCGCGAGUGUCCCCGGUGCCGCCUCACCUCAUGAAGCUUGCGGACACCCUUCGAGUGCCAUCAGGCCGCGUGGCCGCUCUUCGACAGGCUGCAGCGGAGGCUCCCGACGUGCGCACGCGGCGGGAGCUGCUGCAGGUGUUGAAGAGUCGGCAAGAGAUCGAACUCACUCAAGCGAUUGAAAGACACCUCGAUGCGCAGUACCAAUCCGCCCGCGGGCGUUUUCUGGCGCCCGGCCAGCCGCGCGUUCCGCCGCAGCAAACCGAUGUCAUAAGCGCCGUAGAGCGGAGUGGCUGGAGGGCGGCGGGAGGCUCGCGAAUCUCGGGCGUACAGACACCGGACGGCGCGAGUCGAGAUGGCACCCAGGAUGCGGUUUCGGCGGUGAACGUCGCAGACGAAGAGUGGCAAAAGGGGCGUCGGGUAUUGGGAGGUGAUCGAGAACUGGAGAGUGCGGAACGCGGGGCGUCCACGCGGACCUGGAGAGAGGAGGAGUCAGUUUUCGAGGCGCCGGCUGAGGCGGGGUUUCCGCGAGAGGAGACGUGGAGACAGGCGACCGAUGGAAGUGGCAGAAGCGAGGGACAAGCCAGUCUUGAAGUGGUCGCGGCCGGAGUAGCUGCAGCGAAUGCCAAGCUGCAGGCAGCAAGAGCUCACAGAGGACUCCACGAGGUGGGCGGAGACGAGAGUCCGCGAUCGAAGGACCGUAACACGGCUGAUUUAGCGCCGAGUGUCGGACCGCACGAGGGGAAGACAGACGCGUGUGAGGCAAACACCGUGAGGAAAGUCUGCGGAACCAGUCCGAUCAAUCCGUAUUUGCCUCCCCGCCACAAAGCGACUUUAGGAAGGAGAAAACGGUGAAUUGUGGCGUUUAUAAAAUGGGGAUCAGUGUUUCACACUGUAAAUGGGUACCACUGCGAAAAGAACCAGCUGUGCUGGCACCACGAUCCGGCAGGCGAAGAGAAUGGACACCUUUUCGAGUAGCAGUCACAUCCUGCAGAUUACUCGAGGCAGUUGUUGCAUGGCCGGCAACUUCGGUUCCGUGACCUCUCAAUGGAGUGGUGUGGGGAAUGUUGCUACUUCCAAGUUGACUAACAAAAGAGAAGGUUGCGGACUUUAGUUUAGUGCAUUCCGAGUGAACGCGUGAUACGGGCACCAACUGUCUGCAGUGGGCUCCUCGUGAGGUCUGUUUUGUGUUGUAAGGCGCUGGCUGCUGCACGAAACAGGCCGGCCCAUAUGCAUCAGGCUGCGAGACACGGCGCAGACACUCAAGAUCAUUACUUGCUUCGCGAAAGAAGAUGGUUCCUAGAAACAUCAGCGCAAUGAUGCUCGCGCCUUCGACUCUGGCACACUUAGAUGAAUCUACAGUAGCUGCCAGGCAUCUGCGGUAUCAUUUUACUUUGAAACGCCGGGAAAAGAUGACCCGUGUGUGAUUAGAGGUGACUAUACACUCAUUUCCUGCACUGUGACUCCGGUCCGCUAGUCCUGCUUCCACUUCUUGUCCAGCUAUGCGUUUCAAAUUCCUGCUUCGCAAGACUCGCUAUUUUUAACACUGACAAGCACGCCGCUUACCUUGAGAUCGCUGCGGGUCUCUGUUGAGCGACUGAUCCGCGACCGGGUGCCCCUCGAAGACUUCAGC